GGAGAGAGAGAGAGGCCGACACACACAGGCUCAUUAGCAUCGGCCGAAAGAGAGAAAGAACGAAGACGACGCCAAAGAAGAAGAGAGGGCGAGCGGCUAUACACCACCACCACCGGCACCACCACCACUACUACUACUACUACUGCUGUACUAUAUACUAAUACCGCAGCAGCAGCAGCGGACGGGACGGGAGAGAGAGAGAGAGAGAGAGAGAGAGAAAGAAAGAGAGAAAGAGUUCGGCUGCCGCCGCCGCGCCGCCACCGCCGCCGCCGAAAAAACUGCACGGGAGAGUGAGAGAGCUGCUCUGGCGCACACACAAACCGAAGCCGCGCGCGCGAAUCAAGUGCUUUGGCCAGUCGCGUUUCCAAUCACUCUACGACUAGGUAGUCCCGGUGUCCGAACCUCCCGGCUCUCGCUGUCCAUCUCCGCACCAUCCUGCAACAACGCAUGCACACCCCGUACCGUCUACUACAUCAGUCGUCUCUUUGCUGCAACGCAAUCAACAUCGCAUCUCUCUCUCUCACGCGCGCGUCUACGAUCUCGUACACACAUACCUAAUCAACCCUAAGCAGUGGACGUCUCACGGAUCCUCGGUUUUGGAGAGAGAAAAAAACAAGCUACCGCGCCGCGGCCAGAGAGAGAGAGAGAGAGAGAGAGAGAGAGAGAGAACACGUGUCCCGAGAGUCAGCCCUCGUGCAUACACCAACUCUGCGCACACUCGGGAAACGCGCCAGAGAGAGAGAGAGAGAGAGAGAGAGACAGACGGACGGGUGCUGGUUCCGAUUUUUUUGUUGUUUUUUUUUCGUCGUCAGUGCUCACGGCCGAUGUCGGACUUCCGUCCACGUUGCGUCGUCGGACGGACUAUGGUGCGCGCGCGACUGUUUCAAGACUGAGAGUUUGCGUAUAUAGCCGAUAUAUAACGAAGCUGAAGAAGAAGGAGGAGACGAGAAGACUGCUGCCGGUUACGCUGCAAGAGAGAGGAAGAAGACUUAUCAGGAACAAGGCAACCAAAAGAAAGUGAGAGGAAGAAAACUGAAAACUGAAAAAAACUGUGUCAAACUGGUGUAUACGUAGAUUCGCAGAAGAAGCUGCGAGAGGUUUUCCUGUGCGCGACGAGAGACAGAGAGAGAUGGACGUAGGGCCGGACUCGAGAGAUCCGAGGCCGCGCGAUAUACUCCAGAGCUCUAUCAGCAUAGUGUAGGCUCGGGGAGAGCGAGAGAGAAAAGAGAAGCAUACGAGGGACGGACGGACGGAGCGAGAUAGAGAGAGAGAGAGAGAGAGAGAGAGAGAGAGAGAGAGAGAGAGAGAGAGAGAGAGAGAAGGAAGAUCGACUAUACGUACACCGAGCCGCGCGGAAGACGUCGGUGAUAUAGAGAGGAGAGAGAGACUCGGCCAGACGCAUCACCGUUACAUACUUACGGGGCACAAGGACGAGGGAGCCAGCCAACCGGCCAGGAUCAUUCGCACGCAAACACGCCUGCACAAGGUGAAUAGGCAUAACGAUGGUAGAUACACAACACUUUUGCCUGCGAUGGAAUAAUUACCAGAGCAGCAUCACAUCGGCAUUCGAGAACCUGCGAGAUGACGAGGACUUCGUCGACGUCACACUUGCCUGCGAUGGCAAGAGCCUCAAAGCACACCGGGUCGUCCUCUCGGCCUGCAGCCCCUACUUCAGGGAGCUUCUCAAGAGCACACCGUGCAAGCAUCCGGUGAUAGUACUGCAGGACGUUGCAUUCAGCGACCUGCACGCCCUGGUCGAGUUCAUCUACCACGGCGAAGUAAACGUCCACCAGCGCUCUCUCAGUAGCUUCCUGAAAACCGCCGAGGUUCUCAGGGUAUCCGGACUCACGCAACAGGCCGAUCAGACCGACAGGGAUGAGCUGUCGCACGUGCGAGCUCUCGCUGCCGGAGCGCCGAUCGGCGGCGUCGGCGGUGGCGGCGGCAAUCACCUGCCUCCACACGACAAGCUCGGCGACGAGGGCUUCCCCCGGGGUGGCUCGCCGCCGACGCCCGUGACGCCGACGCCCACGACGGUCCAGCAGCUGCUGCGUCGCGCCCAGAUUCGCCGCAACGAAAGGCACACGCCCGAUCCCCACGACGACUCGGCCAAGCGGCAGCGGGUCCUGUCGCCGCCUCUGAACAACAACGACGCGACCCCUACCGACUUCUCCAUGGUCAAGAACAACCACAAGAUCGAGGGCAACGGCCUUCACGAGGAGAACGGUCCGCUCGAGGACGGCAUCAAGUGCGAGCCACUCGAGCUCACCGGCGACCGCAACAACGCCGGCGGAAACAUCACCGGCGCGGGCGGCAACGGCGGUCCCCAGCUCAACGCCAACAACGAGGAUAGCUCGGACUCCGGCGCGGCAGCCUCGGACCGACCCCCGGCGUCGGCCAGCAGCAACGAGCACGAGAACGAGCCCGAGCAUCCACCCACGCCCAACUACAUGGCCGACAGCAAACUCUUCGCCUCGACGCCCGGUAGCUUCAACUUUAGCAUGGCCGCGCUCACCGAUCACACGCCGCUAUCAGUGAAAUUUCCAGGCUUGGGCCACGGACUACAGACGCCGGACCUGGCCGGAACUUCGCAAGUGCUCGCCUCCAUGCCAGGUCUGACGCUCAACUCCCUGAACACACCGUCGACGAAGAAGCUCUUCACCUGCCAGCUGUGCGGCAAGGUGCUUUGCAGCAAAGCAUCCCUCAAGCGCCACGUGGCCGACAAGCACGCCGAGCGACAGGAAGAGUACCGAUGCGUCAUCUGCGAGCGGGUCUACUGCUCGCGAAACUCCCUGAUGACCCAUAUCUAUACCUAUCAUAAGAGCAGACCCGGCGAUAUUGACAUUAAGUUCUUUUGAAGGUUUAGAUAAGGUACGGGUAACGGGAUGCAUCACGCCGCGCCAGCCUCGUCGGCGGCAGCCGCAACGCCUCCCUUAGCCGUGUACCGGAUGCCACCGCCCACGGCCGGCGGCAUAAACGAGCCUCAGGAAUGCCCCUACUGCCGGCGCACCUUCUCCUGCUACUACUCGCUUAAGCGCCAUUUCCAGGACAAGCACGAGCAGUCGGACACGCUGUAUGUCUGCGAGUUCUGCAAUCGGCGCUACCGCACCAAGAACUCCCUUACCACCCACAAGAGUCUUCAGCAUCGCGGCACCAGCGGCAUGCUCAAGCGUCUCCUCAAGACCUCCGCCAUCAAGAGCGUUCUCGGUAACAUACAGCAACAGCAGCAGCAACACCAACAGCAGCAGCACCAGCAGCAACACCAACAGCAGCAGCACCAUCAGCAGCAGCAGCACUCGCCGAUCCAACAACAGCAGCGGCAGCAUUCGUCGAUCCUUCCGCAGCAGCAGCCUCAAUGAAAAAUGUGGUGCCAGCAGGCUAGUCUAACCUUGGUCCAGCAGCAUCAUCGUCACCACCACCACUUACAUCAUCACCACUAUCAUCAUCGCUGCUAUCACUUCUCUCACUACUUGGCGAGUCGCUACCACCACCACCGAGCUGCCGCUGCGGCUGCUGCUGAUGGCAACGAGCAGCAGCAACACGUGGCGAUGAUCGUCGAGAAGGGAAACCCUAAUCGCUACCAGCGUUGAUAUAUACAUAUACUAUAUAGAUAAUACAGAUAAGGCCCCUUAGAGCUGCGCUAAGGUAAGAACGCGUCCUCUGCUGAUUUAUAAUAACGGAUAGCCCCCGCGGCGCGUUAUAUACACGAUACGUAUAUAUACAUUAUAGUUAAUAACAAGCUGGGCUUUCCCGCUCGUUUUUCAAGACUAAACACACACAACAAUCCAAAGAUAUAUACGCUACUUGUGAAUAGGUGAAGAAAAUUCGACGACUGAUGAUGAUGAAACAGAGGAAAAGAAAACAGAAAAAAAAUACAAGCAAACGCACAAUGUGUAGAGCGAAGUCUUUCGGCUUUAUUUCGUAUAAUAUUUCCGCGUGUCCGAUCGGUAUAAUACUGAUGGAAAUCGUCGGACGCGCUGCAACAAAUCCCAAAUUCUUCCGAGCGGGAAUAAUAAUCGAGUCUAUACGGUCCCCCGUGCAGGACCCAUUAACGACGACGCGCGCGUCGAUGCUCUGAAAUCGCGGUUUUAAACUAACGCUCGUUUGUGUGCAUGUCUUAAGUUAAAUGUUGGUAUGCUGUAACUGUCAUACGUACGUAUAGAUGUGUACAAACCUGUUUAACGAAUCGUUAAUACGAGAACGAACCAAGCACUAGCUCUAACAUCGUAAACUAACAAUUUGAAUCUAUAUUGUGAAUGUGCGUAUACGUUUCAGAAAAUAACAAAAAACAAUUACUUUAGCGAUGAGGGACUCAUGACGAAUUUUCGACGAUAAAAAUGAAAGAAAGAAACACACUAAGUUGUGCUUCAGACGGAUAUAACACGUUUCAAUUAUAAACGAAAAUUCUAAUGUGCUCAAAUUUUCGAGGGGUAGAGAGAAGGAGGGCUAUAGGAGAACGAAAAGGCUAAAGUACGAGAAAGCUUCGAAGAACAAAUCGAUGAUCGAGAGAGCUAGAGAGAAAAGAUUUGUACGGAGAGACAGAGAACGCAGUUUAAUAGAGGAACGGAUUCUCCCGAGAAUUAAUUAUAGAAAAAAAUGAUGCGAAAGAGUUGAGAGAUAAGUAAAACGUUGUAUAGGUCCAUCGCGAGCGAGAAUUGCAAAGUAUAUUUUUAACUUUUUAAAUGCUAAUAUUUUGAAUCGUGUAUAUAAAUAUAUACAUAUACAUACAUAUAUAUAUAUUCAUACGAUAUUAAUGAAAAAAAAAAGAAUAAUAAUAAAUAAGACGAAUAUUCUCUCGUUCUGAUUUUAUAGAAAGGGAUGUGGAAAGUAUAGCGGAAAAAAAUUCGGGGACGAGGAACGGAUGUAGGAAGAUAUGUUGUGAAUUUGAUUCGAACGAAUGCCUCUUCAUGCUCGUGCGAGCUAUCACUGGUUUCUCCCCCUUCGUUCUCGCAUAUAUAUAUAUAUAUAUAUAUAUAUAUAUAUAUAUAUAUAUAUAUAUAUAUAGCCCUAUUCUCCGCGCCCUCGAUUGGCAAUUGUGCAAUAUUACAUUCGUAAGACUUUUAAUACUGGGCGCGGAGAGCGCUAAAUUAAUCAAGGCUUUUUUGAAAACGUUCUUUCGAGACGGCGCCUUUUUCGGGCUUGGCAGGAGGGAGAGGCAGUGUUUAUUCUCGAAAACAAAAAAAAAUCGAUCGAGCACAAUGAAACUAUAAAACAGCUUUCUAAAUUCGCGUCUUGAUAUUUUUCUAUUUACCGUAAGAGGAAUCGGCUACUCGAGUCUGAGGAUGCAUUCAAAAUAUAUAUAGCGGAAAACGUAAUUCAUUCAGGUCUCAAUCCCUGCAUAGAUAGAACGAGCGGAAUAACUUUACGAGAAAUGCCAUUUAUAUAAAAAAAAAACAAAAAUCACAAGUAAGUACAAAUUGCUAGAUAAAGGCAUAGCGUUAUGUCUGCCGAUUGUAAUUUGGUUUUACGUAUACCGAAAGAGAGACGAGAUAGGACGAUGGGAGGUAUAUCAAUUCAGAUGAGUUUUGAAAAUUAACAGGAUAUACUAAAACAUAUCUUUUGAAUAAAGAAUAAACGCAUGUAUACUGGACAGAGACGAUACGAUUUUUUAGAAUUUAGAUUUAGACGAAAACCGUCGAAAAGAGGAUUACCGACGGCUGGCUUGCGCAUAAUGUGAAACGUUUGUAAAAUUGUGAGAAUUUCGAGCAAAAAAAAAAACUUAUAUUUGUAUAGAGCCUUGCAAAAGAUAUUGAGUAAGGUCGUAGAACCGAGGCGUUAGUAAAAUUAAACCUAGUCAUUUUCGGAAAUUCUGUAUUUCUGUGAUAAGGAGGGAAAAAAAUGAGCCAGACAAAAUUGGGGAUAUCGAGAAAAGGUUGCCACAUUAUCGCGCAAACGGCCACACGUAUCGAAUCCUUUUGUAAAAGAAAUCGAAAAGAAAAAUAUGUAAAUUGGCUAUUUAAAAAAAAUAUUCUGAAAUUCUGUGAUGUCUUUUCGUUCAUAAUAUUAGAUAAUUUGAGAAAAGUGCUAAAAUUUUAUCGAAAAAAAUCGUAUACGGAAUUACGUCUAUGUUUAGUAAUCUAUAUGUAAAAUUGUAAAGAUUGUGAAUCUUAUGACUGUACGAAAAAAAAAACAAAGAAAAUCUUCCAAAAGUUAAAGAUUUUUUUAAGGGUAAAACGGAUGCGAGUAGGAGAAAAGGGGCAAUCGGUGUCGUUGAGCAACUAGCGCCAUUCGAUUCGUUAUAAAAUUCGUUUAUUAAUUAAUUAAACUAAAAUUUAUAAUUAAAUUAGGAUAAUUUUACGAGUAGGCAACGGAAAAAAUUCGUAAAGAUUGAGCAAAUAAAAAAUGUGAAAAUUGCGACUACACGAUGCCAAAGGCCAAAUGACUGCUCGUUUAUAAAUAAAUUUAUAUUUAUUGUUUUGUGCUUUUUCGAAAACGAAACCAAAGUUUGAAAAGACGACUUUCUAUUGUUACGGGCGUUUGCGUGUUGCUCAACGACGCCAGCCAUUUUCUCAUUCUAUAGUUAAUUCGUAAACAUAUCUUUCCAGGGUACACACUUGCCCUUUGUCAUUGAUUUAAUAUCUCGUGAUGAAGGGAAAUAUCAACUGCGGGCGAUUGCUUAAAUAUUUAGUGGGGUGAAAUGAAAAUCUUCUAAUGAUGUGCCAAGUAUUUUACUUUCGAAAUUGCGCGUAUAUAAAUAAAGAAAAAAACAUGUUAAUUAUAACGUUUACACCAGAGCGCAAGGGUGGAGGAGAAGGGUGCGUCGUGUAAUUUUUAAAUUUACAAGAAACAGAAAUUUAAUUGCUCUGUCGCCAUCGAAUAACGAUUUCACUAUCCAGCGUAGUGUAAUUACAAAAACAAUAAAAAAUAGACAUCUGAUGAUAAAUAAUAUACUGUCAUUAUGAUUACGAUGUGCAGCAUCAUUGAAACAUUUCAAGCUCUUCGAACGUCAAAUACUAUUCACGAAGGGAAAUGUUUUUGACUUAUCUAUUUUUAUUUGCACAUUAUAAAUUAUCAUACGCUUGUAAAUAUUAUAUAUCGAUAAAUAGGUACGGACUCUUCAUGUAUGUUGUAUAUCAAAAGCUGGAAACGAUGGGAAAAUGCAUGUGACUUUCACUUUUAAAACUGCAAGGACACCAGUUACAUUAAAAAUAGGAAAAUGGGGGAAUGCAGUACGAAGAAUUGUAGUAGUUAAAUAUUCGUAUGUUUAAAAACUUUCAAACAGACGUCCGAUGCUUAUGAGAAGGGGUCCGAUAAAAAUAAUCUUUGCAUAAUAUAGAUGAUCGGUUUAUUUUUAUCUGAUUUUACUCCGAGGGAAUCGGCGAAUAGAUGUUCUUUCUUAUUUUUGUUCUCUAGGAAACUUUGUUCUUAAUUUCAAUGGGAGUCGCAUGAAUCCUACUUAUUGAUUAAACGAGCACAGCGCGUCUAUAUAUUCUUCUUUCUUCAUAUUUCACAUAUAACUAUAUGCAUUUCAGCCCAAAAUGAGGGACAAGACUUAAAUAAUACAUUUCUUCUUUAUUAUUAUGUUUUAUGGUUUUGGAGCUAAUUCCGAUUGAGCUGAUAGCUUUGUCGAAGCUCACGUUGAUUUUCUGGCGCUGUGAAAGAAAUACUUUGAUAAAGCGAAUUUAUUUCGGAAAAGGCUGAUUUUUAUAAUUUUAAAUGUCAGAUUAAUUAAGAAAUUAUUAAAAGAAAAAAUUUAUUUGUAUCUUUAUCUAUUUUCGCCUUUUUUAUUCCUGAACUGAAAAGGAAUCGACUGAUUAGACUGUUUUUUUUUUGAUUGGUUUAAAGUUUGUCUUGUUAAUGUGAUAUUGACGUACCAAAGAGCAUCGGAAAAUCGUUUCCCUUCUCGGGUUUACGUUACGUGUGGCUCACUAUUUAAGAAAAAAUUAAAUAUCACAACGCUUCUACAAUAGAAGCAAAAAAGUCAACAUUUUAGUCAUAUUUACAAAAAAAAUUUGUUCGGUUUUCAUUGUAACAGUUCAUUUUGAAAAUAACGUAAAAAGGAGUCACACAAAUCUGAGAACAUUAAUAAUGUAUUAUUUCGUGAGACAAUCACUCUUUUUUUGUUUCAAGUACGAUUCUUCAUAUCGAAGGACAAAGCUUACAAAUCGAAUGACUGUAUACGUUGGGAAAAAACAAAAGAAAUGCGAAAAAAGCAACACAAUAUGCACGGAUUUCUAAUUAAAAAGCUUAGGGAUUGUAAUUACGAGGACAAAAGAAAAUUUUUCGAAGUUAGAAAGGAAGACUACUUAGAUUUAUUUUUAUUAUGUCUUCAAAAAGACUUUAAAUAUAAUAUUUAUAUUGUGCCAUAUCUAAUAUUAACAGAACCUUAAGUAUAAAUUAAUUGUUAUGAAAAAUUUUAAAUUUAUCAAAAGGGAAAAUUGCAAAAAAAGUGAGUGUGAAGUAGAAAGAUGAUAAGGAGUACACAAUCUUACAUACAGAGAAAAGAAAGAAGAAACAUAAGUAUAAAAGGACAGGUAUCGCCCGUACUGUUUAUUCAAUAAUUAUCCUUGAUGAUCAUUAGAAAAUAAGUGAUCAUAAGAGAAGAAUAAAAUAAAACUGCAUCUAUACAGUAACGGAAUAAGAAAUAUAUAUAUAUAUAUAUAUAUAUAUAUAUAUAUAUAUAUAUAUAUAUAAUAAAAAAAGAAUGUCUUUAUGAACGUCGCAUUUUCAUGGUACUAACGAACUUUCAUAUCAUUAUUUACCUUAUCGUUGAUCAUACGACGAAGUGAUGUAGUUAUUUCUUGCGCCGCUAAUACUUUCAUAUGGAUGAAUGGACCAAAGUUAGCUGUUGUUCGAGCCAACACGACUUUUAGCAGAAUGUAGUGGCACGUCUUUGUAGAUUGACUCUAAUUCGAGAGAUCGAUCGAACAUUUUUACAUCUGUGCUAAAUUACAGAAACGCGCUCUAACGAUUUCACUUAAUCCUUCAGCAAAGUCCAAUAAAGGCUAAAUGCAAAUAUAUGUAAAUAGAUGAUCUUUUGAUUUAAGUAAAAAUAGCUGUUCUUCAAAAACAAUUACGGAAUAGUUAAAACGAAGAUAAAGUUAGUGUACUUGUUGACGUCUCACUUUUGGACUUUAAAAUAGGAUCAUUAGUGUAAAUUCAGGCACGCUAUGUAUAUCGACGUAGAAACUGCGAAUUUCGUCAGUAAACUUUAACACAUACAGCUAUUUCAAGCUAUGAAGUGGUAUAACUUUUUUACUUUGUAAUAGCCCCAUGCAUAUUUGUAAUUCAGCAAUUUAUGUAAUCGAAUAAGAAUGACGAGAGUUGCACAAUGAUUUUGAGAAAAGCGUUAGGGAAGUCGUAAGAUAGGCACAGCUGACUUUUUCGAUGAUUAAACAAUAGUUAUCUAUAGUUUGUACAUAUAUUGCGCAAUUUAACUGUAUGUACUUUGUUAUCUCUGUCUUCAUAGUUUUACUAUUCAUUCGAUUAGUUGAAAUCUGAAAAGACCGUUUAUUUUUAAAUGAAAUGUUCUUUAACGACUUUAUAGGCUUUGUAUAUUACUUUAUUCGCACAUAUCGUCGCGGCGUCAGUAAUAUCGCUUAUAUUUUUCACGUAAUGCAUUUUUAAUCGUUAAAUGCCCGCUAUUACACUAUCGUCUUUCAUCAUGAGUAUAUUUGCUUUGCCAGGUUUUUAAGUUAGUUUUAGCAUACACGUUUGUAUGAUAAACUGAGUCGAUGGCACGUUAUGUUAACUCUUUAUGUAAAUACGUAUACAUGCAUAUAUUAUGUAUAAUAUACAUAUAAGUUUAUAUUUUCCAAGAUGCUUGAUUGUCUUUUAUUAUUAUAAUUAUUAUUAUUAUUGUCAUUUAUGCUAUUUUCUCAUCAUUACGCACGUUCUUGAAAUGAUUGUUGAAAUAUAUUUGGUAAAACUUCUAUAUUAAUCUAUUAAACAUAUUAUUAUUAUUAAUAUUAUUAUUAUUAUUAUUGUCAUCAUUAUGUUUAUUAGUAUAUUAUUAAUUAAUCAAUUAAUUGAUAUCAUCAUUGAUUAUUACAAUAAAAUUGCAAUUAUGAUAAUGAUUGUAAAUCAUUUUGCAGCGAUAGCUCUUGAUACGAUACUAUCAAUAAGUACAUGUUUUCUUUUUUUACAUAUAUAUUGUUUCUCAAUAUGCUUCGAUGGCAUAUGGGCGCAUGAAUGUACACGUAGAACUUGCGAAGAAGGCCAUGCUUGUAGGAUGCAAAUAAAAGCGCGUGUGGCAUUGUAAGUUUCCCAUAAAAAAGAAAAGAAAACAAAGCGCUUCCUCUGGUUAUCGCCACUGAAGUUGCAAAAGAGACAAUCUCUGGCAGCUUCCUUUUUCGUUGAUUUUUUUAAAAUUAUUUUUUCAUAGUUAGAUGCGAUGACGAUGUGUGUCCGAACAUUGUUAAGUGAUAUAUAAACAUGCGUAUGCAUUUUUUCCACUUCAUUAAAAAGCAGGAACACAAGUUAAUAAGGGUUAAAUAAGGCGGGCCUGUGUAACGCAGUCUACUACCAAACGUCCAAAAACUUGAAAUAUAGCGAAAUUCACUUUGUUCUUUAGAAAUAAGUUAAUUGGGUAUUUUUAAGGAAUUUAUCAUGCUUUAAACUGAAAAUGUCACGAAAUUCUAUUUCUAAAGUACAACGUAAGUUAAUGUAAAUUAAACAUCACCGAAAACACCCAAUUAAUAUUAAAAAAAACGUAUGUCACAAUCAAUAACGUGUACAAUUUUUACACUGAAAUUAUUGGCGUUUGGAAUUAUUCAGAAGCGUCUCACGGUUCGAUUAAUCUAAUAUGUAACAAAGUGCAACACGCUGCCUUGCUGAACAGUACAAGUACAAAACAAAUACAAAUACAUAAACACGUCUUCGAUUUAAUGAAGGAAAAGAUUUCUGGUAGUUAAGAUAUUAAAAAAAAAGAAAUUGUUAAUUGUAAGAAAAAAUAGUAACGGAAUAAAAAUAAAGUAAAAAAGGAAUACACGAAGUGAAGAGAAAUCUCCGCACCUAACGGCGCCGCAAGUUACUUUGUAAAGAAAAAAAAACGCGCAGUAGAAAAUGAAAAACAAACUCGCGGCGUCGAGCGUUUGUCAUAAAUACCUCAAAAGCUGCCGCAGGUUUCGGAAGCGCCGUUUACUUCAUUGAGUUUUCACUCGUCAGAUUGAACGUCAGUUUUGGACCAUUUCAAAGAACAUGGUAUACUUUUGUGUCUCUUGGACCUUAAAGAAAAAAAAAACAAAUUUU